CCCCGGCCGGGCAAGAAGAAAAGGGGGCAGAAAGCGGGUUUGUGGGGCAGCUGCAGGUCCAAAACCGGGGGUCGUGCAGCUCCAGGCUUUAAGGGAGAAGACGGGAAGGCAGGGAAGCCUCAGCGGGGCUGCGAGAGGCUCUGAAGCGGGGCUCCGACCGCCUCUCCCCGGGCAGGAGGCAGCGGGGCCGCUCCUCGCCCUGCUCCCGGCGGAUCCCCGGGGCUCUCCCCCCAACCCCCUAACCGGGGGCUCCGCGUUCCCCUCGCCUCGCUGGGCGCUGCCGGGCUCGGGGGCCGCGGCUCCUUCCCCGUCCCGCCCCUGUUGGCCGCGGCGGGUGACUAAUGGCCGUCAUAUGACUGUGACACCGAAUGGAGGCGGGCGGGCGGAACCAGGCGCCGGGAGGGGACGGAGCUCGGCGCAGCUCGGCGGCGGCGGCGGCGGCGUUGGGCGGUGUUGGGGGCAGCAGCAGCAGCAGCGGGCGGUGGCGGUGGCGACGGCGACGACGGCCGGGGGGCAGCGGCCCCAAGAUGCCGCCCACCCUGUUCCAGAAGCUCUUCAACAAGAAGCACGGGCUCGUCUCCCCCGCCAGGGACGCGAGGGACGAUUGCGUCUUCAGCUGGCCUUUGCCGGAGUUUGACCCAAGUCAGAUCCGACUGAUUGUGUAUCAGGACUGCGAGAGAAGAGGACGGAAUGUCUUGUUUGACUCCAGUGCUAAAAGGAAAAUCGAGGACGUUUCGGUGUCGAAACUCUGCAGCGAUGCUCAGGUGCGAGUUUUUGGGAAAUGUUGCCAACUGAAGCCCGGAGGAGACAGCUCUUCUUCCUUGGAUAGUUCAAUCAAUUCAUCCUCCUCGUUCUCUGAUGCAAAAGAACAAUGCCCAAAAUAUCAGGGUUCUCGGUGCUCUUCAGAUGCUAACAUGCUUGGAGAGAUGAUGUUUGGCUCUGUGGCCAUGAGCUAUAAGGGCUCCACAUUGAAAAUUCACCAGAUCCGCUCACCUCCUCAGCUCAUGCUCAGCAAAGUUUUCACAGCUCGCACUGGAAGCAGCAUCUAUGGAAGUCUGAAUACGUUGCAGGACAGUCUUGAGUUCAUUAAUCAAGACAGCAAUACGUUAAAGCCUGACCACAGUACGAUUAUGAAUGGACUUCUCGGGAAUAUAGGUCUUUCACAGCUUUGCAGCCCUAGGCGGGCAUUCUCUGAACAAGGUCCGCUCCGCCUGAUCCGGAGCGCCUCUUUCUUUGCAGUUCACAGCAACCCUAUGGAUAUGCCUGGGAGGGAGCAGAAUGAGGACAGAGACAGUGGUAUAGCGAGAUCUGCAUCUCUGAGCAGUCUGCUCAUCACUCCGUUUCCAUCUCCGGGCUCUUCGUUUAACAAGAGCUGUGCUAGCAGCUACCAGCGGCGGUGGCGUCGCAGUCAGACCACCAGCUUGGAGAACGGGGUCUUCCCUCGAUGGUCCAUGGAUGAAAGCUUUAACUUGUCAGAUGACAGCUCUGGUCCUAGCCCAGGAAUUGUUAGGAAGAAAAAGAUAGCAAUUGGAGUUAUUUUUUCACUCUCAAGAGAUGAAGAUGAGAACAACAAAUUUAAUGAAUUCUUCUUCUCACAUUUUCCACUCUUUGAGAGUCACAUGAACAAACUGAAGAGUGCAAUAGAACAGGCUAUGAAAAUGAGUCGUAGAUCAGCUGAUGCCAGUCAGCGGAGUUUGGCGUAUAACAGAAUUGUUGAUGCCCUUAAUGAAUUCAGAACGACCAUUUGCAACCUCUACACGAUGCCGCGGAUCGGGGAGCCCGUCUGGCUUACUAUGAUGUCGGGGACACCGGAGAAGAACCAGCUGUGCCAUCGCUUCAUGAAGGAAUUCACUUUCUUGAUGGAAAACGCUGCUAAAAACCAGUUCUUACCAGCCUUACUGACUGCAGUCCUGACUAACCACCUGGCCUGGGUCCCUACGGUCAUGCCGAACGGCCAGCCACCUAUACGAAUCUUCCUGGAAAAGCAUUCUUCCCAGAGCGUGGACAUGCUGGCCAAAACUCACCCCUACAACCCGCUGUGGGCACAGCUCGGUGACUUGUAUGGGGCUAUCGGAUCACCUGUGAGAUUAGCAAAAACAGUUGUGGUUGGCAAAAGGCAUGACCUGGUCCAGAGAUUGCUUUAUUUCCUCACUUACUUCAUCAGAUGCUCAGAACUUCAGGAGACACAUCUUCUAGAAAAUGGGGAAGAUGAAGCCAUAGUCAUGCCUGGAACUGUUAUAACGACCACGCUGGAGAAAGGAGAAGUAGAAGAAUCCGAGUACGUGCUUGUCACAAUGCACAAGAACAGGGGCAACUUGCUGCCGAGGGAGUCUGAAGAAACGAGAACUCCCAACUGUAGCUGUAAAUAUUGCAAAUGUCCCAUUUCCCUCGCACAAAACAUAGAAGGUGUUUCACAGCAAGAGAGAGAAGACACGCAAAACACUCCUAAGGUAGAGCUGGAAACGUCUUCAGACGAGAGCAGAACUAUUGUUCCUGAUGAUUGCCAGGAAGAUGCUGCUGAUGUUAAGCCAGCAAGAACUUGCCUGGACACCAACCUGGAGAGCGUGGUGUGUGCAGGGGCGGCUUCACCAGAAAAACGUGUAUCGACAGAAUCUGGUUUGGAGCCAGCAGCAAACGUGUGGAGGGAUGAAGACCCGCUGGAAUCGGGCAACCAGGCAGUCAGUGCAACAAGGUCACCCGGUAUAGCUGUGGAAAAGAAGCCUCCGGAUAAGCUCUUCUGCGAUGCGUUUCCUUGCAGUGCUGCUGAAGCUCAGACAAAGGUGACUUUCCUCAUCGGAGACUCCAUGUCACCUGAUUCAGACAUCGAGCUCAGAAGUCAGGCAGUAGUGGAACAAAUUGCGAGGCAUCACAGCCCGCCAGCAGCGGAGGAAGGAGGAGUGUCUGCUGAUCAGAACUGUGAAGCUAAACAAACUGGUGAGGACCAAAAUAGAGACUGUGGGACAACUGAACCCUUUCCUCAAGUUGCUAACGAGCAUCAGAGCUGGAAUCCAAACCCGUACAACGCUGAGAGCAUGAGUCUGUUUGAUGAAUAUUUUACUGAUGACAGUUCAAUUGAAACCCGGACUAUUGAUGAUAUUCCAGGGCAAGCAGCUACGGACCUUCUUGCUCACAACAGUAGUUUAGAGUUUUCUAAAAACCUGUGUACAAAGGCUAGCAAACCACCUAGCGAAUUUUGUAAAUUUAUGGACUCCGUUCAACAGGAGACGUACAAAAUCUGCUUUGCUGAGCAGGACCAAAGAGAGAAAAUCUCUAUUCGUGUCCCCCAUGGGGACAGAGAAAACACAGAGAAAAAGGUCGCCCCGGGAAUUGAUUGGGACAUUCCAAGAAAUGAGAGCUCGGAUAGUGCCCUGGGUGACAGUGAAAGCGAGGAUGCUGGUCAUGAUCUAACCAGGCCAAGCAGUAACUAUUACGGAGGAGAGCAGGAAGAUUGGGCAGAAGAAUAUGAGAUUCCUUUUCCCGGGUCAAAAUUAGUUGAAGUGAACUCUGUCCAGCCCAGUAUCGCCAAUUUUGGAAGAUCCUUACUAGGUGGCUACUGUUCGUCGUACGUCCCUGACUUUGUUUUGCAAGGAAUAGGAAGUGAUGAAAAGCUGAGGCACUGUUUGGUGUCAGAUUUGUCUCACGCUGUGCAGCACCCUGUUCUGGAUGAGCCGAUUGCAGAAGCCGUCUGCAUUAUUGCAGACACGGACAAAUGGACGGUGCAAGUGGCCAGUAGCCAGAGACGGAUGAUCGAUAACAAGCUGGGAAAAGAAGUGUUAGUCUCCAGCCUCGUCUCUAACCUGCUUCAUUCCACUCUGCAGCUUUACAAGCAUAACUUGUCUCCAAACUUCUGUGUUAUGCACCUGGAAGAUCGGCUGCAGGAGCUCUAUUUCAAGAGCAAGAUGCUGUCUGAAUAUCUCAAGGGCCAGAUGAGAGUUCACGUCAAAGAGCUGGGUGUUGUGCUGGGGAUUGAAUCCAGCGACCUCCCUUUACUGGCAGCUGUAGCAAGCACUCACUCUCCGUAUGUUGCCCAGAUACUGCUCUAAAAUGCCAGAGGGCACAGACGUUUACCUCUUCCCCCUGGAAACAAAAGUGGAAGACAACUUGUUCUGGAUCCUUUCUCUUCGCAGCAGCCGAAACAGCCUGCUCGCUGAGCUGCACCAUCUCCAUAUAUGACUGCACAUCGUGCAAACGCUUGGAGACUUUUCCUCUCCCACUUGGUCUUUUGUAGAAAAAAAAAAAAAAAAAAAAAAAAAAAAGGAUAAAGAAAGGAAAAAAGGAAAAUGAGUAAGCCCAAGAUUUCAACCAUGGAAAAGUGAAGAUUUUAGCGAAAGCUGAAGAUCUGCAUUUUUUUAUCAGUUUCUGCCACAAUGGCUAACUGUAAUUUAUACUGGGGAACGCAAGGAAGAACUGCUUUGAGAAAUAUUUGAUGCUAUUGCCAAUUAUAAACUUACCAAGAGAAGGCAGCAGCUGUCUUCAGACUGGCUUAUAUCGAUGAGGAUCGUGUUCAGAUCUGUAAUUCUCAAGCUACAAAGAUUUGUAAACAGCUUCUACUUUUUCACCUGGUAGUCAAAUUCUGGAGACUUCCCAGAGGAAGAACAAGGGUUGGAGGGGGACUGUUUUGUUUUGUAAAAAGCUUAUUAAUGAAUGACACUCAGCUCCAAAAUUUAUUUAUGAUCUUUCUCCUGAGGAGAGGGAAUAGUGGGGGGACAGGGAGGAGGCAGGGAGAGGCCAAAGGGCGAGCUAAAGGUGGAGAUUCUCUUUCUUGGCUGGAUGUCGUAACCAGUAUUAAAUGUUUAUAAUGUUUAAAUGUUGCUUUAUAUUAAGUGAUGCUUUUUUUGACAACAUAAUCAAAAUGUUAGGGAAAAAAAAAAAAAGAACAUUGGCUGAAGUUUCCCCAUGGGGCCCCCAGAACGACAUGACUAUUACCUCUAACUUUUUUACGGUCUGUAAUGUUCUUGCAACAUCUUAUUAUUUUUACAGCAGUCAGCCAGCUAUUGAAAUAAUGAGCUAGAAGUAAUUGUACCAAAGCAUUGGGGAAAAAAUGAACAGACUAUUACCCUUAAUUGCUCAGGUAACUAAUUGAUAUAUUUUUUAAAACCAUUCUACAAAAAAAAUGAACAUUGAUUACUCCAUAGAGUAGUAAUAUCAAAAUUAUUUUUGGACAAAGUAUACCCUCGAUGCAGAUGGCUCUAAUCCCUUUUCUACUCACUCGUGUAAUUACCAGCAGGAAAUGUUGUUUAUUUUAUUCUCAGCAUUUCUCCUUUACUCAGCCAUCACCGUUUUGUCACUGUAUAUACAACAGUUGUAAGAAUAGCUGAUGGAACCAAUCUGGUGUAAGUAAUGUAAAUAUCCAGUGGUAGGUGGAUUAUGUUUUCAAAGGCUCUACUACCUCAGUUUAACUGGACACUUCAUUAUGGGCUUUUCUUUGCUUAUUUGUCCUAGCAGCCAAUUCAUGUUGCUGAUGUUUGGUUCUGUUUUCAUCGAUUGCAUUCAGUAUAUCGAGCUUCAUGGAUUAUCCACAGAAGUAGGAGAUACGUGUUCACAUGGUCACUGAACUGCAUAAGUGAUUCUACAAAUAUGCCAUUCUGUAAUCAUAUUUUCAAUAGCAUAGCACGCCUUCUAUUGUUGUUUGCAGAGUUAUUUUACAUACAAUCUAUUUUAACCAUUUUAUAAACUUGAAAACAAUAGGAGAGAUCCCUGCCCCGCUGCUGUCAAUGAUAAAACUCUCCUUCCUUCCUUUGCUGGGGCCAGAUUGCACCCAGGGUGUUUUUUCAGUGAUAUUUAAAAUCUGUAACUCAAGACUCUGUUCCAGGGAAGAGCUACAUGGGCAAACCCACACCAAUUUCCGUGCAGGACUGAGUCAACGUUAGCGAGCAAACCCGACUUCAAUACAGGCAGUGUCAUUUGAAACUCUUUUGUAUAUAAAAUCUAAUGCUGACUGCUGCAGGGAAGAAACUUGUGUUUAUUGUGUGAUCUAAGGAAAUGUUUCUCCCCUAUUCUUUAAGCGUCCUCUCCUCGCCACACAAUUGUUACAUCUGGCUUUUGGAAUGAGCACAGAAUGCAGGGGCCCAGUUGUGUAAACACAUUUUUAAUGAAAUAUAGGAUUGAGCUCAGAAUCCGAAUUUUUAACUCUUUGCCAUGGUGUAGCCACUAGUUCCGAGUCUGAAUGUCGUUUGUGGAUCUGCAGCCGUAACCUCAUCGUGGUGGAGCCGCCAGGCUUGGUGCUGCCGUGGUCCCGAUGCCGAAGCCACCGGUGGAUGCUGCUGCUGCUGCCUGUGGUAUGUGCUCGGAUGUGUUCAACCUGAGGGCUUGGUUGGGAAGCUCUGCACCAUCAUCCUGCCACCUCACGGUUGUGCUUACAGCGCACUGGGACAGGACGCAUCAUGCUCUCCAUUUAACCAUCAGUAGGCAAGUCAUGGGUAGUGCUUUGAAGCGGAUUUGACCCUGGAGCACGAGAAGCCCUGGCACAGCUUGAGAUUAGCAUUGAGAAGAGAGCUGGUGUUCGGUGGCAUCCUCCUCUGCUGCCUUCUGCCUGAUGCAGCCCAUUACCAUCGCUGCAAUGAUUUGUUGGGUCACUCCACGGAGAGGAGGCCACGGAUGCGGCUUCCUUGCCAUGUGCACAGGGCUGCCGGCUGUGUUCGUUUAUUGCCAUCGUGGGGAAAACGCGAACGAAGCUGUUGUGUGCUGGAGAGGUUUUCUGGAAGUGAACUUCUCGGGUACGUGAACAACGUGGUACGUGUGUCAAUUUGGUGAAUAAUACAAAAAGGGAUCUUUUACAGGACUGUAGCGUUGGCUUUUAAAAAGUAUAUCACAGUUGUUUAUGUGAAUAGGCGACUAAUGCGUUUGGUUUCUUUUGUUCCACUAUUAUCAAUCUCCAUUAACAUGUCUUAAUUUUCUGGCUGAAAACUAAGUGUACUAGGCACGCAAAUUAGCAAACGUUUUUUUUUUUUUGUUUCAAUUGGCAAACACUGGGCUGCUAAGAACAAAAAAUAUUUCAAAGAAAGGAUUUUACACCUUGCCUCUGUUUUCCCUAUGAGAUAUUAUAGAUGUUUUAUGACAAUUUUUUUGCUUUCUCUAAAUUAUUUAGAUGGUGGUACUUGUAAAAUGCUGGGUAAAAUGUACAUACUUGUUCUCUCUUCUGUUUUUGUAUAUAUUUCCCAAGAUGUGCACUUGUAUUAUAAUAACCAUUCCCAAUUUUAGGGGAAAUUUGUGCAAUAAAUACAGUAUGUCAAUUUA